UCCCUUGAGACUUCACACCUCAAUUCCAAGGAAGAGGAAUUUUCAAAAGGAAAUAACAAUUAAGUACACAAAGCUCAGAGCUGUUGACUCUAGCAUUCUGUUGAUUUUCUUCUUCUUACUUCCUUCUCUCCUGUAUUCCCAUCUCUUCCCUGUUGAAGAGGAAAGCAAUUUUUUUUCUGUUUCCUCUUGAGCUGCAACUCCAAGUACUUGGGAUUUGGAAGUGACCCUUGUAUUCUAUCAUGGGAGAAGGUUCACCAGCAGCGUCGAGGGUUGAGAUGGAUUCAGGAGAGAAGCGUCUCAAUGAACUGGGUUACAAGCAAGAACUCAGAAGAGAAAUGACUCUGUUCAAGACACUUGCAAUCUCAUUUUCCACAAUGACCCUUUUCACAGGAAUAACUCCCCUGUAUGGCUCGAGCCUGCUUUAUGCAGGGCCUGCAAGUUUGGUGUGGGGAUGGGUGGUUGUGUCAUUCUUCACUUGGUUCGUUGGUAUUGCUAUGGCUGAAAUCUGCUCCUCUUUUCCUACUACUGGCUCUCUUUACUUCUGGGCUGCUCAUUUAGCUGGCCCCAAAUGGGGUCCAUUUGCUUCAUGGUGUUGUGCUUGGCUGGAGACCAUUGGCCUUGUUGCUGGCAUUGGUACACAGGCUUAUGCAGGGUCACAAACAUUGCAAAGUAUCAUUUUACUUUGUACUGGUACAAACAAAGGUGGAGGGUACCUUGCCCCAAAAUGGUUAUUCUUGUGCAUGUAUAUAGGCCUUACAGUUAUAUGGGCAUUUCUCAACACAUUUGCAUUAGAAGUUAUCGCCUUCAUUGACAUAAUUUCAAUCUGGUGGCAGGUCAUUGGAGGUACUGUCAUAGUUAUAUUGCUUCCCCUGGUUGCACUGACAAGGCAAUCAGCUUCCUACGUAUUCACCCAUUUUGAGGUGGCAUCAGCGUCAACUGGGAUAUCAAGCAAACCAUAUGCAGUAAUUCUUUCUUUCCUUGUCAGUCAGUACUCACUUUAUGGGUAUGAUGCUGCAGCACAUCUAACAGAGGAAACAAGGGGUGCAGACAAGAACGGUCCUAUAGCAAUUCUUUCUAGUAUAGGCAUCAUUACAGUAUUUGGAUGGGCAUACAUUUUGGCCCUUACCUUCAGCAUUCAGGAUCCAAGCUAUUUAUUUGAUGUAAACAAUGAGACUGCGGGGACAUUUGUGCCGGCUCAGAUACUUUAUGAUGCAUUCCAUGGGAGGUAUCAUAAUUCUGCCGGAGCAAUUAUUUUGCUUUUCAUUAUUUGGGGAUCAUUCUUCUUUGGUGGCCUUUCAAUCACUACAAGUGCAGCCAGAGUGGUAUAUGCAUUAUCAAGGGAUGGAGGAGUUCCUUUCUCAUCUAUGUGGCGCAAGGUGCACCCAAAACACAAGGUUCCUUCAAAUGCAGUGUGGUUGUGUGCGGCCAUCUGCAUUCUUCUUGGACUUCCUAUAUUGAAAAUUAAUGUAGUUUUUACUGCUAUAACUUCAAUAUGUACAAUUGGAUGGGUUGGUGGCUAUGCGGUUCCAAUAUUUGCGAGAAUGGUGAUGAAGGAGAGGGACUUUAAAGCAGGACCAUUUUAUUUGGGCAAGGCAAGAAGACCAAUUUGCUUGGUAGCCUUUCUGUGGAUCUGCUAUACCUGUGCUGUCUUCCUACUGCCAACUUUCUACCCAAUCUCAUGGAGUACAUUCAACUAUGCACCUGCUGCAUUGGGUAUUGCUUUAGGCCUCAUAUUUCUCUGGUGGAUUUUGGAUGCAAGAAAAUGGUUUAAGGGGCCUGUUAGGAACAUUGAAGUGCUGAAUGGAAAGGUUUGAGAUACAGAGCGUCUUUAUAUAGCGAUAGGUCUUUUCUUGCUGGGCUAGGCACUAACAUUUUUUGGCUUCGCUGCGGAAGGUAGCAGACAAUUGCUUCCAGGACCGGGGAAGGUCAAACUCUGGGAGGGCUAACAAGCUAAGUUCCUGGACAUGUUUGUCUAUUUAGUUGUCUCUAGGAAUAUUGUGAUCACAAUGUACAUAUAGUAUUGUUCUGCUAUAAUGUAACUCAUAUAGUUCAAUUUUUCCUUA